AUGUAUACAGCCCCAUAUAGAACUGGAAAUCCAUCAUUAGAUUUAAUGCCUGUGGUUUUUUGCACAGCAAAUACUCCUGAUAGAAAUGUAGGUUGCUAUGCAGUACCAAUACGUACAAUAAAACCAACAGAUACGAAUUCAUUAGGAAUAUUAAGCACAAAUGCCGUUUAUUGUGUAAAUUCCGAAUUUUCACCAAAUGAUUCCUAUGAAAAUCUAUUAGAAUGGGCAAAAGAAAAUCUUGAUUUCGAAUAUUAUACGAUGUUAAAAGCAACCAAAGUAUGUGGCCCAUUGGUUUCAUAUCGUCGUGUAAUCGACGAUCGAAAAUAUGUCGAAUUACUAGGGAAAAAAUGGCCUCAAAAUUAUAUAUUAUUAGGUGAUUCAAUGUGUACAUUUAAUCCAGUAUUUGGACAAGGUAUGACACAUGCAUGCCGACAAGCAAGAGAAUUGACAAAAAUAUUU